GCGAGGCCUCUGCUCAGAGGAACGUUUUGGCCUGCCAAUAGUAAUAGAAGGGGGCGGUGCCAGGGUUAAGCAGGGUGGAGAUUGAGGUUCCGCUAACCUGGGAGAGGACGGGUGUAAGGGAAGCUCUGGGUAGUAACGCUAGGGGGCAAGAUGAGCGAGCGAGAGAAAGUUGGGAGUGCGCGGGCAGGGUGGCUGGCUGAGUACGGGCAGAAAGCGAGGAGGAGCCGGGGGACGAAGGGGGCGGGAGCUGGUGAGAAGUGCUGGAGACUGGCGGCACAUAAAGAGGCACGAGUGUGGCAGGGCGAGCGUGCAAAGGUAAAGCGGAGCUGCCCCCCAUGUGGACCAGAGCCUGGAAGUGGUGGGAAGAAGGGCAGAGGGAACCCUGUGUCUGUUCAGCUGUUCCCCCCUGAGUUGGUGGAACACAUUAUCUCAUUCCUCCCAGUUCGGGACAUUGUUGCUCUGGGUCAGACUUGCCGCUACUUCCGGGAAGUAUGUGAUGGUGAGGGAGUGUGGAGGAGAAUCUGUCGCAGGCUCAGCCCCCGACUCCGAGAACAGGGUGCUGGUGCUCGGCCCUGGAAAAGAGCUGCUAUCUUAAACUACACCAAAGGCCUAUACUUCCAGGCGUUUGGGGGCCGCCGCCGCUGCCUCAGUAAGAGCGUGGCCCCCCUGCUUGCCCAUGGAUACCGACGCUUCCUGCCAACCAAGGACCAUGUCUUCAUUCUUGAUUAUGCUGGGACUCUCUUCUUCCUCAAGAAUGCACUGGUGUCUUCCACUCUUGGCCAGAUCCAAUGGAAGAGGGCAUGCCGAUAUGUUGUACUGUGCCGAGGAGCCAAGGAUUUUGCCUCAGAUCCACGGAGUGACACUGUCUAUCGUAAAUACCUGUAUGUGUUGGCCACACGGGAGCAGCCAGGAGGGGUGGGGGGGCCUGGUGGAAGAGCCUGCGACUGUGUGGAGGUUUAUCUGCAGUCCAGCGGACAGCGUGUCUUCAAGAUGACAUUUCACCACUCCAUGCACUUCAAGCAGAUUGUGCUGGUUGGUCAGGAGACUCAGCGGGCUCUGUUACUGCUUACUGAAGAAGGAAAGAUUUACUCCCUGGUGGUGAAUGAAACACAGCUAGACCAGCCACGGUCAUACACAGUGCAGCUGGCACUGAGGAAAGUGUCCCGUUGUCUGCCUCAUCUCCGAGUGGCCCGCAUGGCCUCCAAUCAAAGCAGCACACUCUACAUUACGGACCAGGGGGGAGUGUAUUUUGAGGUACACACUCCUGGAGUAUAUCGUGAUCUCUUUGGGACCCUUCAUGCCUUUGAUCCUCUGGACCAACAGAUGCCACUUGCUCUCUCACUACCUGCUAAGAUACUAUUCUGUGCUCUUGGCUACAAUCAUCUUGGUCUGGUAGAUGAAUUUGGACGAAUCUUCAUGCAGGGAAACAACCGAUAUGGGCAGCUAGGGACGGGAGACAAGAUGGACCGUGGGGAACCCACUCAGAAUUUUGCCAGAAGUCGAAGUCAAGCUCACAGACCUAUGGUACAUUACCUGCAGCGCCCCAUUGCCCUCUGGUGUGGCCUGAACCAUUCCCUCGUGUUGAGCCAGAGCUCGGAUUUCAGCAAGGAGCUGUUGGGCUGUGGCUGUGGAGCUGGGGGCCGGCUCCCCGGCUGGCCCAAGGGGAGUGCCUCUUUCGUCAAGCUCCAUGUGAAGGUCCCUCUUUGUGCCUGUUCUCUUUGCUCCACAAGAGAGUGCCUCUACAUGCUCUCCAGCCAUGACAUUGAACGCCGCCCCACUUACCGUGAUCUUCCAGCCAGCAAGGCCACAGGCACUUCAGAGUCCACUGUGGGAACUGGAACAUCCCAGGAUCCUGGGGGAACAGCCCGAGCCUGUGAGGAGUAUCUGAGCCAGAUUCACAGCUGCCUCACCCUACAGGACCGGAUGGAGAAGAUGAAGGAGAUUGUGGGCUGGAUGCCUCUGCUAGCUGCACAGAAGGAUUUCUUCUGGGAAGCACUGAACAUGCUGCAGAGGGCUGCGGGGGGAGGUGGCCCAGGACCCACACCCCCUGAAAGCUAACCCCCCUUACUCCCCCAAAAGGAAGGGGAGAGACUGGCCAGGGACCAGGACAGAGGAGAGCUGAAGCGUGUACUUUAUAUAUGUGAGAGAUUUGGGGAUGGGGGAGGGAACAGGAGACACGCACUGGGACGGGACGGGGGUUGUUUUGUAAAAUGUUCUGGGGACUUCCCAGGAGGGGCCCUCAACUUGGGCAUCAUGGACAAAAGAAAUUUGACGGAUGGAUACAAUAAAAAGAAGCUGCAGCGGAGCCCUGGAUACUUGGGUCCUAGGAGGGGAGUAGGAAUGAUGGUUGCCUUGGAUACCCAUGGGAAAUAAGGGCUCAAAGAGGAGAAAGCAGGGAACCUGAGAAAAUGCUUGAAGCUUAGGAAGAAGAGCUAAGGGAAGGUAGGGGACCUGGUCAGUGGAGAUGGCCAAAGGAAGUGGCUAUUUUUUCUUCUCUCUUAACUCUCUCUUUGCCACAGCAAACCUCCCUGAGAUCUAAAUGGCAGGGAAAAUGCCAUUCCCUUGAGGUUCUAGCGCCACAUCGCAAAACACUCAUCUUCUGUUUCCCCCAUUAGAUGCUUUGUCUUCUUUUUGUCCCAGAGUCUUCUAUCUGUUCACAUUUCUUUUGAUAUCCACUUUCCCACACUCAUUCUCCCUCAGGUUUUACCUCCAUAUGCUCAGGCUGUCCUUAACUUUUUCUCAAUCUCAAACGUUAACGUGUCCUUUGCAUGGUACCUUCCUCUAAUCUUGUGCAAUCCCCUAUCUCCUAUUAUUUCUCCAAUUUGUCUGGCAGUGGUGGAACUAUUUGCCCACCCCUCCAAAUUCUCCCCUGACUUGGACUGGAAGGCCAGAUGCCUGGAACCAAAGAAUAGAAGUGGGGGCAGAGAAAAGGGGAGCAGGAACCCUGAGGAAGCAGAAUUAAGAGCUAGGUGGGAAGUGGGGGAUGAGGUCAGAUCCAGCUGUCAGUCUGGAGGCAGUCCUAAAUAGCAACUGAAUGCAUGAGUCUCCAAAGAAGAAUAUGAACUUGUGGUAAAAUUACAAGACAUUUGGAUCUUGGCCAACGGCUAGGGGUGCUUUCACUGCUUCCCUCCACCCUAAUCACUUAGGUUAAGUCAAUAUUUGUGUGUACUGGGCCUAAGAGGCCCCCAGACUUGGCU